CACAGCUUAGACCUAGUCUCGAGAUUUUCCUGAACUGAACAAUACUGAAGAUAAUAACGCCAAGGAUCUUCACUUCAAAAUGAACUGCCACGCGUUUGUUUUUCUCUGCGCUGCCCUGCUGAGCUCAACUUCUUUGAUUGAAUCACAAGAUGACACGGCCUCAACCACAGUGGACACGGCAACAACCACAGUGGUCACGGCCUCAACCACAGUUGACACGGCAACAACCACAGUUGACACGGCCUCAACCACAGUUGACACGACACCAACCACAGUUGACACGGCCUCAACCACAGUUGACACGGCCUCAACCACAGCGGACACGGCAACAACCACAGUUGACACGGCAUUAACCACAGCUGACACGUCAGCAACCACAGUUGACACGGCAACAACCACAGUUGACACGGCAUUAACCACAGUUAACACGGCAACAACCACAGUUGACACGGCAACAACCACAGUUGACACGGCAACAACCACAGUUGACACGGCAUCAACCACAGUUGACACGGCAUCAACCACAGUUGACACGGCAUUAACCACAGUUGACAAGGCAACAACCACAGUUGACACGGCAACAACCACAGUUGACACGGCAUCAACCACAGUUGACACGGCAUCAACCACAGUUGACACGGCAACAACCACAGUUGACACAACAACCACAGUUGACACGGCCUCAACCACAGUUGACACGGCCUCAACCACAAUUGGCACGGCAACAACCACAGUGGACACGGCAACAACCACAGUUGACACGGCCUCAACCACAAUUGACACGGCAACAACCACAGUUAACACGGCAACAACCACAGUUGACACGGCCUCAACCACAAUUGACACGGCAACAACCACAGUUAACACGGCAACAACCACAGAUGACACGGCAACAACCACAGUUGACACGGCAACAACCACAGUUGACACGACACCAACCACAGUUGACACAGCAACAACCACAGUUGACACGGCAUCAACCACAGUUGACACGGCAACAACCACAGUUGACACGACACCAACCACAGUUGACACAGCAACAACCACAGUUGACACAGCAACAACCACAGUUGACACGGCAACAACCACAGUUGACACGGCAUCAACCACAGUUAACACGGCAACAACCACAGUUGACACGGCCUCAACCACAAUUGACACGGCAACAACCACAGUUAACACGGCAACAACCACAGUGGACACGGCAACAACCACAGUUGACACGGCAACAACCACAGUUGACACGGCCUCAACCACAGCGGACACGGCAACAACCACAGUUGACACGGCAACAACCACAGUUGACACGGCAACAACCACAGUUGACACGGCAACAACCACAGUGGACACGGCCUCAACCACAAUUGACACGGCAACAACCACAAUUGACACGGCAACAACCACAGUUGACACGGCAACAACUACAGUUGACACGGCCUCAACCACAGUGGACACGGCAACAACCACAGUUGACACGGCAACAACCACAGUUGACACGGCAACAACCACAGUUGACACGGCAACAACCACAGUGGACACGGCAACAACCACAACCUCCCCCAACGCAGCCACAACCACCACAGCUACAACCACCGCCAACACAGCCACAACCACCACAACC